AAUUUACUAAACGGAGAUGUACCAGUCGAACAGAAAUUUGACUAAAUGUCGAUAAUCUAUAAAAAUGAAAGUAGGUACGUCACUUCCGCUUCAUAGACUAUAUGGAUCUGGUAGAGAAAACAGCAUCUUUUUUAAUUAUUGAAGACCCUGAUACCAGCGAUGAGGAAGAUAGCGAUGAAGAAAACAUUGGAUCUUCGUUAUUGCUACUUUUUUCAUCAACAAACCAGUGUAUCCUACCACAAGACAGACACAGACAGAAGAAUUACACAGGCAAUGUUGCAUUGCACUUUCGUGUUGAUGAAUUUAAAACUUUCUUCAGGGUCUCCAGAAUAAGUGUGGAAUGUCUCCGAGGUAAAAUUUCUGAGAUAUGUGUUGAACAGAAUGUAUCAGGGAUUCUAUGCAGACAUUCUACAGGAGGAUCGCCACAAAUACCUUUAGAAGAUCGCCUCUUGAUAUUCUUGUGGUACAUGGCUAGCAUGGAUAAAUAUGCAGCCAUAGCUGACAGAUUUGGUGUGAGUGAAAGUACGGCCUCCUACGCAAUACGUAAUUUGAUAACAUUUAUACACGAUUAUCUAUUGAAUAUAAUUAUUUUAUGGCCUACACCUCAAGAGCAACAAGAAAUGAAGGAUAUGUACAUGGAAUUAAAACAUUUCCCAGGUGUUGUUGGAAUGAUUGAUGGAACACACAUUUCCAUUAAAAAACCAUCAAUCAGAGGAAUAGACUACUAUAAUCGUAAGGAUUAUUAUUCCAUUGUUCUACAAGCGGUAGUUCGAGAGGAUUUAAGAUUCACCAACAUAUUUGCUGGAUUUCCUGGGAAAGUGCAUGAUGCUCGAGUUCUACGACAAUCACCACUCUUUCAGAAUGGUCAAGCAUUAUGUGGCGAGGGACAUUUACUAGGGGACUCUGCAUACCCUAACAUGUCUUGGUUAUUGACUCCUUUUAGGGACAAUGGUCGUCUUACAAAUGUGCAGCUGCAUUACAACUAUACACACAGCAGUAUACGCAGCACUGUUGAGCGGGCAUUUGGGCUAUUGAAAGGACGUUUUACUCGACUGCAACACAUCAAUCAAAAUGAAGUGGAGAGCAUCAUACACACAAUAGUUACAGGAUGCAUUCUGCACAAUAUUUGCAUCAUGAACGAUGAUAACUUUCGAGAAUUUUUGAAUGAUGACCAGUACCUCAACAAUUGCCAGGUGCAGAAAAUUUUGAUGAGAAUUUACUCUACCGGGGAUCAGUAAAAAGACUUCAGAUAGCAAGAGCUUUAUAAUUUCAUUCUCAACAUGAAUAAAUGUACUAUAUGGGGUUGAAAUGUGACAAUUGUCAAACAACACGUGUUUUGUGUAUUUUGGAAAACUGUCCAAAUAGAGAACAAAACUUUAUUAUAUCAUAUUUCACUCCAUUUUAACUAUUUCCAGUAUGUAACAUUUUAAGUGUACAUUGAAUUCCAAGAUAAUUUUUUUUAUUUGAGAUGAAAAAGCAUGUUCUUUUAGCAGAUAUUGAAUGUUAAUUUUCACUUAACCAACAUUUGAUGAAAAUAAUAAAACUUCAAAAUAC